UCCCGCAGCCAAGAGAUGCUUUGGAGGUUCCGUUUCCGGAGGGAACUUCCCCCCGCUGCACGGGUCACGGCGCCGAGCCGCUCCUGGGGCCUGAUUCGGAUCCCGGGGCCAGGGCUCCGGGCUCAGACCGUCCUGGUCAAUGACACAGUCUCGGGGUUCAUCGGGACGGACGUGGUCCUUCACUGUAGCUUCACCAACCCGCUCCCCAGUGUGAAGAUCACGCAGGUCACGUGGCAGAAGGCCACCAAUGGCUCCAAGCAGAAUGUGGCCAUCUACAACCCCGCCAUGGGGGUCUCCAUCCUCUCCCCCUACAAGGAGCGCGUGACCUUCCGUAACCCCUCCUUUAAGGAUGGCACCAUCCAGCUGUCCCGGCUGGAGCUGGAGGAUGAGGGCGUGUACAUCUGCGAAUUUGCCACCUUCCCAACCGGCAACCGGGAGAGCCAGCUGAACCUCACCGUGCUGGCCAAGCCCACCAACCGGAUGGAGGGCACCACCCGGCCCCUCGUAGCCAGAUCCGGCAAGACGGAAAAGAUCCUGGUAGCCACCUGCAUGUCCUCCAAUGGGAAGCCGCCCAGCACCGUCACCUGGGAUACCAAGCUCAAAGGGGAGGCGGAGUUCCAGGAGAUCAAGAACAGCAACGGCACCAUCACGGUGAUCAGCCGGUACCGCCUAGUGCCGAGCCGGGAGGCCCACCGGCAGCAGCUCAUGUGCGUGGUCAAUUACCAACUGGACCGUUUCACCGACAGCAUGACCCUCAAUGUGCAGUAUGAGCCAGAAGUCACCAUCGAGGGCUUUGACGGCAACUGGUUUUUGAACCGGAAGGAUGUGAAACUGACGUGCAAAUCCGAUGCCAACCCCCCUGCUACCACCUACCAAUGGAGGCUGCUGAACGGCUCGCUGCCCGAGAACGUAGAAGUCCAGAACAACACCCUGUUCUUCAAAGGGCCCGUCUCCUACAGCCUGGCGGGGACGUACAUCUGUGAGGCCACCAACACCAUCGGCACGCGGUCGGGGCUCGUGGAAGUCAAUGUCACAGAAUUCCCCUCCACCCCGCCUCCAAAUGAUGACCGCAAAUCAGUGGCGCAACCGAACAUCCCCAAGGCCGUGAUUGGGGGCGUGGUGGGCGGAGUCUCGCUGGUCCUGGUGGUGGCCGUGGUGCUCUUUGUGUUGCUCCGCCGCCGGCGUCACACCUUCAAGGGCGACUACAGCACCAAGAAACACGUGUACGGCAACGGGUACAGCAAGGCCGGCGUCCCGCAGCACCACCCCCCCAUGGCCCAGAACCUGCAGUACCCCGACGACUCAGACGACGAGAAGAAGCCGGGCCCGCUCGGGGGCAGCAGCUACGAGGACGAAGAGGAGGACGCCGGAGGCGAGCGGAAGCUGGGCCUCGCCAACAAGUACGAGGACGACUCCAAGCGACCUUACUUCACCGUGGACGAGGUCGGGGCCCAUCCGGAGCCCUACAGCGAAAGGACACUCGGCUUCCAGUACGACCCCGAGCAGCUGGACCUGGCUGAGAACAUGGUCUCCCAGAACGACGGAUCUUUUAUUUCCAAAAAAGAGUGGUACGUGUAGCUCGCCCCCUCCCCAGACCCCCACUCACGCUCCCCCCCCCGCCCUCCAGACCCCGGCCGAGGGCCAUUCGCACAUGCAUCGCACGCGCGCGCUCACAUCCAUGCACGUCCACUGCUGCCCGGCCCAAGGGAGCUCGACAGAGACUUGAGACACCUGCCACUCAUUCGGAGGCGACGGGGGCGGGGAGGGAGGGGCUGGUAGCUUUGCUUACGGAUCGUUUUUUUGGGGGGGAGGUUGUUUUGGUUGGUUUGUUUGUUUUUUUUAAUUUCUCCCACCGACUUUGUCCCCUUCUGUGGUGUUUGUAUUGAUCAGUGGCUUCGGUGUGACUAUUUGCUUUUACUACUACUGCCCACCUGUGUAUAAUAUGCCCCAUUUGUGUCUUAGUGUCUCGAAUCGUCCUUCCCCAAAGAUCCCUCCCGCUCCAUGCCCCCCGAAACACUGGAAUUUGUUUGUAUGUUGUCUUAUUUGGGGGUGAGAGGAGUCCAUGGGAGGGCAAAAAAAAAAAAAAGGAGGACCAAGGAGGGGAAAAGCACAAAGCAAUGAAGACCUAGAUGCCAUAUCGGAUUAAUUUUUUUUCUUUUUGUUUGUUUUUUUGGGGUGUUUCUGUUCCCCACAAUGUGCCUGUGACGAGCGAGUCUCAGUGUUAAGCAUGUAACGAACAAAUAAGAAUCAAAUGAAACUAAGCAAAAUCCAAGGCACACGGGGCUGUUAUUGGCACAGGGAUAUGGAGCUGCCGUUUCCCUCCUACCAUUUAUUAUCCUUUUACAUCAUUUAAAAACAAGCCAACAAAAAGAAAAGGAAAAGAGAAAGGGGGGAAAAGACCCUGGCUGUGGUGAUGCCACUGGUCCCUGCUGGGGUGUCCAUAUUGUUUAAAGAUGUGAGGGGUUUUUAGUGUCAGCCAAGGAGAAGUUAAUUUCACCCCGUUUCCGACACACGCCGUGUCCUCUGCACGUACCUCUGUGCCACAGUGACAGGGAGGGUUCCAGGAGACACCCCUGUGCCCUGCCUGCAAACCUGCUGCCGGUUGGCAUUGUGCCACCCAGCGGGCGGUUUCUUUAGGGGAGCUCCAAUGGGGGCCUAUGCGUUGACUUCAAUGGGCAUCAGGCCAGGCCCUUCGUAUUUAAACUGCUAGGUCUUCACAGUCAUCUGUUUACAUCCUUCCCCUUUGUGAGAAUGUUGCCAGCCACGUCUCCCGUAGUAAUGACCCUUGCCCUUAUGGCCACUGAUAGCCUGCAUCGAAUGGCCUCUUUGGAGGCUGAUAGGCCAAGGACUGAUUGGGUCGUGUGCUGAUCUCCUCUGCCCCCCUUGAGAUGUGAUGGGGAGGUUGGAGGGAUGCUUGGGUUGCUGCUACCCCUGCUGUUCUGUGGCUAACUGAGAUUUCAGUCUCCAGGGCUGUCGGUCUGACACUGACCUUCCACCAAGGCAGGAUUCGCUAGGUGUUUGUUUUUUCUGUUCCUUUACCAAAUGGCUAAAUGAAUGAAAAAGAGAUCACUGUUUUCAGAGGUGUAUUAGAAUGGGUUUAAUUCUCCCCCGGUGCCAUACACGGGUUUCAUGUCAUAGCCAUAGCCAUACAACUGGGCAGCAGAAUGGAGACUCGGACCCUUUUUCAUAAUCCAAACCAAAAUCCCACAUCCAGCUUCAGCCAGACUCUGUUCCAAAGCCCGCCCCAUGGUUUCUGGCUUGAGUCAGGUACAGUUGGACUUGCCCCAGACCAUUCCCUCGACUGAUUGAUUUUGUUCCUGCUGCGGGGAUGGGAAAUCAGAUAACUCUGUUUGUAAUUGUUCUGGUUUUUCCUGGUGGUUUCUGUGCUUCCUGGUGGAAACACCCCAAGAGUGGCUGUUCUUGGGGUGCUUCUUUCCCCAUCAAAAGCAGGGUUAUCUUGGAGAUCUCGGGAGAGAUGCUCUCCAGAGAUCUAGCUCAAGGGGUUCAGAGAAGCCAUUAAACUUUAGGGUGCCCAUCCAUCUCUGUCAGGUGAAUCCAUACCCAAGGACCGAAUUCUACUCUCGCUUCAACAUAGGGAUUUGGGGAUCUCGGUUUUCUCUUUUCGUACGACUGAGCAAAUGCCCCAUCGAAGGAAAUGAAAUCCCCAGCAUCCCUCUGAUUAGGUACCGAUUACUGUUGUAAACCCGCAAGCCCAAAGGGAGUCAAGGCCUCACCGGGUCCCGCCUAGGGAUAGCAGCACAUAUCGGAUGAAGGACACAUGGAGUCCUGGGAUAAAGACAGAGCAGAGGCAGUAACAUUAUACUCCUGCUGGAUCUCAGUCAGACACUUACCCUCCUGCCACCUUGCUGUCACCUCGGGUGGUCUGGUGGUUCCGUACUCUAUGGUGCAUCAUGCAUUAGAGAUGGGCCCUAGCCAAGUUCCCACUCCCAAACAUAUGGGCUUUUGGAGCCAAAUCUCACUGGGAUCUGACUCCAAAAAGGGCCAAGCCAAAAUCCCGGGCCCAUGCUAACCCCAAGCUCUGGGACAUCCAAACUCCAGCUGCAGGUGUGAAUUUGGCCCACGUCUGAACGUACCCGCUCACACGGGCGAGCCAGAACUUCAUGCAAAACUCCCAGGCCCAGUUGAGCUGCCCUUGUGUCCUGGAUUAACAACCCCAAGCAGCUGGAGCCCCCAAUCCACAGUCUGGCAAAUUUUCUCACUGCAGAAUCCUGCAGAGUUGCCUCAUGGUAAUCCCAUUCUCAUGUGUUGCUUAUCAGCAAUACACCCUGUUUGCAGAAACUCUGAUGCAGUGAAUCCCCAGUCAUCCUGUUUCUUUCCUUCCGAUCAGUUUUCCCGGCUAUCUAGAGCAGGUUGGUGUUAGUCCCUUGCCCUGCUGAGGAGAUCUCUGUUUAUAACCAGAGGGAACAUGGAUACAAAUUCUCAAUGCUGGGAGGCAGGAGGUUCAGUAGGGUGCAUGGAGCCAGAGCCAGCGCAGCAGGAUUUGAUUCCUCUUUGUAAUGGUUUGUUUGCCUGUAUUUGAAAGUGAUACGUCCCCUGUUUCCAAAUGACUCGGGGAUGGGAUGGCAUUUUCCCUUUGCACGUGGCGUGCAAAUGUGAAGUGAGGAGAUGUGCCCAAAUUUCCAUUUGCAUGCUCAUGUGUGAAAGCAAAUUAAGUCACCACAACAGCACAUGCACCCUUUUUUAGACUUGCGUGUAAAUGUGAACUGACCAGACGCAGGAGGGUUUCUCGUUUGCACACUCACAGGCAGGAGGUGAGGUGUGGUGUGAUGCAGGGAGCUCCCAUUUGCACACUUAGACAGGAAUCCUGCCCUCUCCUUAAUGAUCCAGAGUGUGUGAUUGUGCGAGACUCUCGCACCCAUAGGCAAAUCAAGGGCGCUUUACAGCUAGGGAGACAGACACAUGGCAAUCCAGUGUAAUGAGGAGCAAGUUUACAACCUUGGGCAGACAGAGCAGGCUGGCUCAGGGAGAGGAUAGGGACGUAAAUGUGAUAGGUCAUAGACAGGCGGGUGGCCAUGUGGGAGCAAGGGCUGAGGGGAGACACCAUGGUCAUUGGAAACACCAGUAUAGUGCCACACCACCUCCCCGGGGUUAAUGGUUCAUUCACCCACACGCCCCCCGCAGGGUGUGAGUCAGAGCUUCCAAGACUAGCCGGGACCACUGGGAUCAUCUAGUCUGACCUCCCGUGUAACACAGGGCAGUGGCCUCUUCCUAAAGACUUUCCAGAGCAGAGCUUUUCGAAAAACAUGGCCAGUGAUGGAGACUCCACCGUGACCCUGGGUAAAUGGUUCCCAUGGCUAAUUACUCUGACUUAAAUAUCUACGCCUUAUGCCCAGUCUGAAUUUGUGUUAGACCUGCUGUCUCUGUGACUACACCAGGGCCGGUAGAAAAGAGGAUGGGGGGAAAUGUAUGCAAUGCCACCCCCCUCCCCAACCGGGGCCCUGCCUGCUUGGCUAGCAGCGCUCCUCCCCUGUGAACCAAGCGGGGCCCACCUCCCCUUGCUGUCAGCACGUCCGGUUUGGAAGCUACACCUCAAAGCUGCUCAUUCCACAGCGUGAGGUGGUCCCAGGCACCCCGCUGACUUAUCCUGUCCCCAUAGCACGUCAUCAGGGGCAGGCCUGGGCCCUACGGCCGUGGAAAAACCCAGGGCCCCUAGCUCCGUCCCCCUCCUCCUCAGAAGAAGGAUGCUUCCGGCUCUCGUUACUGAAAGGGUGACCGUUUAUGGGGUCAGUUAAUUGGACAAGAGUCCCUCAUGGGGCCUUAAUUAGCGAGCCUAAACGAUUCGCCGUUAAUCUAUAGUGAGGAAUAAGUUGCCUCAUGAAAUAUUAUGGAUUGACAAUUUGUCUGAGAGCUGCUGGGAUACAAUAACGAGAUCCAUUCCCUCUCUGGGGUUGAUCUCCAUCCGUGGGAGUCCAACCCUUCUGCUUGAGUUGGGGGGGGGGGGCACUCCCCCCCCCUAAUUAGGUCGAAGGUGGCUGUCGCGGCAGGAAGGUUGUGAAGGGGAGAUGCGUAGGGGGCUAAACUGAGGACGCUGUUUGUUGUCUGUCCCGGAGCUGCAUGGGAGCUAAUGGUUUAGAACUGGUACUCCAUCCCCACCCCAGUGACUCAAGCCCCACAGCUCAGCGAGGUGGGCCUGCCUACGAGACACACCAGACCUUAGGGGUCUGUUAUAGGAGUGAGUUCUGGGUGAGGUUCUGUGACCUGCCAUGUGCAGGAAGUCAGACUAGAUGAUCACGAUGGUCCGUAAAGUCUAUCAGUCUGUGAGCUUUUCGAAGUGCCAGUGGGAUUCCGUCGCCCAACUCCCGUUCCUUUUAAUGGGAGCUGAGCGUCCAAAUCCCCUAGACAGCUUUGCUGAUCCCGGCCAAGGCCUCUCUCCUUCCUGAGACGUGGCGCCCUCAUGCUAUGAAUCUGAGGAGACUCUUCAGAGCAGCCAUCUCCCCAUGGCUGCCAAAGGGCCCUCUCCUGCUGGUCCUCUGUGGCCAGGCACGGGCUCUGCUCCUGGGGCAGGAGCAGGCCACGUGGCUAAUGGGUUCGUCUCUGGCAGCGCCUCCUCCCUUAUUUAAUGAGGGCUAUCUGAGCUGCUUCCCAGACCCCAAGGAGGGAUUUUCCCAGGCUUCCUGGGGAAGGCCAGGAAGAUACAUUGGGGUGGCCUCCACUGUUGAGUAUUACUGAGGGAGGGGGUUUAAUUUCCAGUGGGAGAUCUAGGGCUAGCUGCCCUUAUGGCCAUGGGGAACGAGUUCCUAGGGGGCCGUUUGCAGAGCUAGGGUUUAACACUCCAAUACAGUCCCCUUUCGAACCUUUCUCUCUGUUAACCAGGCAAAAGAGCACAGAUUUCCAUGGAGGCAGGAGACAAGUAGAUCCGCUCUGCCCCUUCCCGACAGCUUCCUUUCUUGUGUGUUCCUCCUUCCCCUUCCAUCCAUGGCCUCUUUGACUUACCCCCAGGGCAGACUAGUGCAGACGGACUCAGAAACUGCAUUUCUGCUGCUUAGGGGGAGCCCAUUGGCCAAAGGGGGGCAGGAGGCCUUGCACAGGAGUUUGCCGUGCACGUCAUAUUGCACACGUCUCUGCCCACAGGGAAAUCCCAGAGCUUGCUAAAGAUAUCUGGGCAGUCCUAGCCAGCCCUGUGUAAGCAGUAGUCCCUGGAAAGUCCAAGGGGAGAAGGGAUUGUUAGUGCCAGGCAAGGAUAUGGGCACAGAGGUUACAGACAAGCAGCCCGGCCCUGACAUGGUAGCCCAGGAAUUAUUCUCCAUGCAGUUGCCAUAGGGAAAGAGACAAGUGGGGAGAGACAAAGCAUCUGGGACCCUGUAUCACAAUGAGAAGGUGAGGACAGCAGGACGGAAAGGUGACCCUCCUGGUAAAGAAAGGCCUCAUUAUAUGGCUUCCAGGUCAGGAGAUGGCCUGUUGGAGAAAUGAAGGUGAAUUUGGUCUGAGCUACAUGCCCACGUCCCUUUCCCUCCCACAGUGAGCUGCACGCAGGCAGACGUGUCUCCUCCUGCAAACUAAAUUGAGUCUGUAUUAUUCGUAUGAAAACGCCCCAGCUGUUUUCCUGCUGGGGCUUAUGUCUGGGAUUAUCCAUCACAAUUCACCCCAGUGAUGUUAUUUUCCCUGAUUUAAUUACAAGAUUGUUUGGUGGUUUGUUCCUGUGUUUUUGUAAAUCAUUUUUAUUCAAGCCAGAAAAAAACAAAACACAAAACUCCAUCUGAAGUUUUCUUUGGGAAAAAACAAACAAACAAACACAAACAAAAACCCAAAUGGUAGAGCUGAAUUGAUUGCAGAGACGGCAGGGACAGAGGAGCCUUUCCUGGCUCAUCGUUGAAAGAAACUCAGCGACUGUUCACCACAGAUCGCUGAGGGGGAGAGAGAGAGAGUCAGUAUAGCAAAUAGAAAUGGGAGCAUGAUUAGAAGAAGGGACCACUGGUUCCUUUGUUCUCACACACACAUGCAAUGAGUCUCCCAGUCUCAGCUUGCCUGUCAGUCUGCUGGAGGAGGAGGGCUGAGAGGAAGUGGGGGCGGUCUCCAUUGAGUUUUGUAGGUGGACAAGUUUGUAGCACGCCAGCAGGGCUUCCCAAACAAUGCGCUGAUCGGAGUUUGCUGUGAAGAAGUGGGGGCUGGGAUCCACUCCCGUCCCAGUUUCUUUUUCCCAACAGGAAGCAGUGCAGGGCAUGUUGUGGAAGGGCUGGCUGGAGAGAUGCUUCGAGCUUCUCCAGGUCAAGCAGUACGAAACGCUCUGGAAACAAUGGCCGGUAGAGAAAUGCAAUCCCACCCCAAUCCAACAGCUGUUGGAAAUGCUGGAGAAAUGGUGGGUGUUUGGAAGAGUAGACCAGCAGGAGGGGCGGUGGGGAAUGCUCUAGGAACAUUGAAUGUGCGGCGCUCGUGGCUACCCCAGUCCCAGCCUCUCCCAGGAGGAGGCGCUGUGGGGAACGCUGCCAGCACUGUGUGCACUGAAGCCUCUCCGUAUUCUACGUGGCUUAUGAUAGCACUUUACCCCUCCCCCGGUUUGUGACUUUCUUUUUCUGUUUCGACAUGAUCCGUAGCGAAUUAGAGUGACUCGCUCUGCGUACGAAUGCGCUUCCCUGCAGAGCACCCCCUUCCCCCGGGAAUGCGGGGAGGAUGGGGGCAGCAUGGGGCGGGGAGGAGAGGAUGAGACUGUGUCAACUUGCUCCCAUCCAAAUCCUGCCUCCGACUAUCAUUCCUGGAACUCGCCCCCCUCUCCACAAAGGGCCAACCUUGCAGCCGUUACUCACCGGAAUGAGCCCCGUUGAAGGCGAUGGCACAGUCCGAGAUUCACCACCGUGCCGAAGAGCCAGCACCAGUCCAGGUGCCAUGUUAUCCCUUAAAACAGGGUUUAAGUAGGAUGUCAGAGGGGACGGCCCAGAUCUUCAAUGGCGUUUAGGCACCGAACUGCCAUUGGGCUGAGGCUCUGGGCUGAAAGGCUGGUCCUCUGCACGGGGGUGAAUUCCAUCCAUGAGCAAAGGUUGCAAGGUCAAGCCCUACAGAAGGGGCUUGCCCCUUACAUUCGCACAGCACGGCAUUCCAUAUGUGAUCUCCUUAAGGGUGAAGGUCAAUGUAAUGACUAUAAGGGGCCAGAUCCUCAGCUGGUGUAAAUGGGCAUCCAUGGAGAGCUGCUGCUGCUGAUCUGGCUGGCUUUCUUUUCUUUCCAAACAUGGUCCCUGAACUCCAGUGACUUUUUUUUUUUUCUUUCUUGCUGUAAUUAUCAUUGUGGAAUAAAAAAAAAAACAACCCUAAAAAGAAACAAACCUUGCAUUUUUUUGUAAUCUGUGUUGUAAGUGCUUUUGUAAAAAAAAAAUAAUAAUAAUAAUGUAACGGACUGAAUUUGCUUUUAUGAUUUUUUGUUUUGUUUUCCAUCCUUUGUAAUGAUUUUGGGUUGGGGGGGGACGUUUUCAUGGUUCGGAUUGGGGGGGUGUGGCUUCACCCUCCCUUUUACUUGUAUAAAAAAAAAUAGUGGCUCAACUGUGGAAAGAAAUGUACUUUUUUAUAAAUAAAGAAUUUUAAAAGAA